UGGGGGGGGCCGCGCGUUCGGAGAUCGGCGCCGCGGUCUGGGGAGGGGGCGCGCGCGCCUUGCGGUUUUCCGCGCCGGCUCGGUUCCCGGUGCGGGGUCGCGGCGGCGGCGGGAGGCGGAGGAUGCGGGCUCCAGUGGCGGCGGCGCGAGCUCGGGAGGACGCGGGAGGAUGAAGAGGAGGCCGGCGGUCCGGCCGCGCGGCGCCGGGAGGAGGCGGGGGCGGCCGGGCGGCGGCGGGCGCGCCGGGUGCGGGCCGGCUCCGGCGCGGAGGAUGAAGUGGAGCGUCCGCGGGGCCUGCGCCGCGCUUUCCUCCAGCCUGCUGCUCGCCUGCGCGCUCAGCGCCGCCGCCGUCGGCCUCAAGUGCUUCUCUCUAGGCUCUGAGCUGCGCGGGGAGCCGUUCCGGCUAGGGGCGGCCGCAGGCGCCUUUUACUCCGGGUUGCUGUUGGCCGCUGGCCUCUCACUGCUCGGCGCCGCCCUGCUGUGCUGCGGGCCCCGGGAGGCGCCCCUCGCCGGAUCAGGGGCUGGGUCGGGCCCCGGACUCGGGGUCCCCGCAUCUCCAACGGGCACUCCGGAGCCCUCUCCUGGAGAGACGCGGGCGGCCGGGCCCUUGGGGCGGGUGAAUAGCCAGAACCUGCUGCUCCUAGGAGUCCUGGUCUUCAUGCUCGGGGUCCUCAGCGCCUUUGCGGGAGCAGUGAUCGACGGCGACACAGUGUCCCUGGUGGAACGCAAGUACUCCCACUAUUGCCUGCCCCCGCGCACGUCCGCCGCUGGCCCGGGCCCUGGCCCUGUAGCCCCGGGCUCCGGCACGCCGCGCGCUCGCAGCACCCUGGACAGCGCCACGUCCGCCAAAUGCCGCCAGCUGAAGGACUACCAGCGCGGCCUGGUGCUCUCCACUGUAUUCAACUCGCUCGAGUGCCUGCUGGGCCUGCUCAGCCUUCUACUGGUCAAGAACUACAAGUCGUCGCAGGCCCGGCGCGGCCGGCGCGGCCGGCGGAGGGCAAACCGGUCUUUGGCGCGGCCGCGGGGCGUACCCGGGCUCCGCGCCCAGCCGCUAGCUUCCCGGACCCGGCGCGGCCGCCGGGGCAAAAGGGGGCGGCGGCUGCAGCCCCGGCCCAGCGAGGCCUCUAUCCUAUCCCCGGAAGAGUCCGACUUCACCACCCCAGGAGACUGCGCGAGCUUCUCGGCGCACCACGCUGUGUCCUACAUCAACGUGGGCGUCUUCCAUGCGUUUGACGAGGCGGGCGUGGAGGUGUGCUGUGGCGGGCAUCCGUCGGUGGAGCUGCCAGGGUACGCGCCUUCGGACCCGGACCUCAACGCCUCCUACCCUUAUUGCUGUCGGCCUCCUUGUGAGAUGGCGCGCCCUUGGGAGCCUAGCCGGGCCUGCUGAGUCCAGGCCCGUGUGGCUUGGGACAUCUGAAAGGGCAGCCGUCGGGCUUUCUUUG